CUUAAGGCUUUUGAAGAAAUCAUGUCCGGGCGUGCAAAGCAGGGCGGCAAGGCUCGUGCCAAGGCGAAGUCCCGUUCUUUCAGAGCAGGAUUGCAGUUCCCCGUGGGUCGUGUUCAUAGGCUUCUUCGCCAAGGGAAUUAUGCAGAGCGCAUUGGGGCUGGCACACCAGUUUACCUGGCGGCCGUGCUGGAGUACCUGACAGCCGAGAUCCUGGAGCUGGCUGGCAACGCGGCCCGCGACAACAAGAAGACCCGCAUCAUCCCGCGCCACCUGCAGCUGGCCAUCCGCAACGACGAGGAGCUCAACAAGCUCCUGGGACGCGUGACCAUCGCGCAGGGCGGCGUCCUGCCCAACAUCCAGGCCGUGCUGCUGCCCAAGAAGACCGAGACCCACCACAAGGCUCAGGCCAAGUGA